CCGGUGCCCGAGGACGCGGCGCUGGGGACGGUGGUGGCGCUGCUGAGCGUGUCGGACCGGGACUCGGGGCCGAACGGUCGGGUGCGGUGCGCGGUGCGGCCGCCGUCGCCGUUCGGGCUGGUGGCGACGUUCGCGGGCUCGUACUCGCUGGUGCUGCGGGAGGCGCUGGACCGGGAGCGGGUGUCGGAGUACGAGGUGGAGGUGCGGGCGGAGGACGGCGGGGCGCCGCCGCUGCGCGCCAGCCGCGGGCUGCGGGUGCCGGUGUCGGACGUGAACGACAACGCGCCGGCGUUCGCGCAGGCCGUGUACACGGUGCUGGCGCGGGAGAACAACGCGGCGGGCGCGGAGCUGGCGCGGCUGUGGGCGCGGGACCCGGACGAGGCGGGCAACGGGCGCGUGAGCUACUCGGUGUGGGAGGGCGGCGCGGGGAUGGGCGCGGGCUCGGGCUCGGGGUGGGGCUCGGGGUGGCGUCCGGCGUCGAGCUACGUGUCGGUGGACGCGGAGAGCGGGCGUGUGCGGGCGCUGCGGCCGCUGGACUACGAGGAGCUGCAGGUGCUGCAGUUCGAGGUGCGGGCGGUGGACGCGGGGGAGCCGCCGCUGUGCGGCAACGCCACGGUGCAGCUGUUCGUGGUGGACGAGAACGACAACGCGCCGGAGCUGCUGCCGCUCGCGGGCGGCGGGCCGGGGCCGUGGGCUGCGGGCUCGGCGGCGGAGCCGGGCUCGCGGGCGUCGGGCUCGGCGGGUUCUCCGGGCUCGUCGGGCUCGGCGUCGUCGCCGUCGUGGUCGCUGUGGGCGCGGGCGGCGUGGGGUGCUCCGGCGGGGCAGGUGGUGGCGAAGAUCCGCGCGGUGGACGCGGACUCGGGCUACAACGCGUGGCUGCGCUACGAGCUGCGGGAGCCGCGGGGCGAGGGCCCGUUCCGCGUGGGGCUGUACAGCGGCGAGGUGAGCACGGCGCGGGCGCUGGAGGAGGCGGACGGCCCGCGGCAGAGGCUGCUGAUCGUGGUGCGGGACCACGGGGAGCCGCCGCGCUCGGCCACGGCCACGCUGAGCGUGUCGCUGGUGGAGGGCGGCGAGGCGGCGGUGUCGGCGGCGGGGGCGGGGGCG